AGUUACACCCUUUUAGAACAAAACAACCCAACUGCUCAGACACACAGCAGUGAAAGACAGAAAAAACCCCAUUUUUAUUCAAAGUUAGAACCUUUUGCUUUUUAAUGCUCUCUCUCUCUUAUAAUAAUAAAGUUUGAUUCUUUUUUCUCUCUUCUUCCUGAAAAUCGUGCUCUCUCUCUCUCUCUCUCUCUCUCUCUCUUUCUAUGUUGUUGCUGUGGGUGCUGCUGCUGCUCUAGUGAAAAUAGUAGAUAUGAAGUUGCAAAAGAAGCUUAAAUGGCCGUACUAAUAAUGGCUCAUCAUCAGACCAAAACACCCAAUAACAAUAAUGCCAACACUACUCUUAGUAUUAUCACUAACAAUUCCCAACAACAGCAGCAGCAUCAAGAAGUGAUUAAUAAUAAUAACAAUAAAGCAAUGUUUCAUGACUUCCUUGGAAUGAAGCCUUCUGCUACAGCAGAUUCUCCUGUUGUUUUGCCUUCUAAGAACCUCCCUCCUGAUGCUUCUCCUUCUGCUUCUCUCUCUGCUGGUGCUGCAUCUUCUGGUGGUGGUGUUCGAUGUCCUCUCUCUGCUACCUCUGAUCUCGCCUCUGAAAGGCAGGCUGGAAAUCAUCUUGAGGGGAUUCCAUUUUAUGGUCCAAUGAGUGAUAUUUCUGGUCCUGAGAUAAGCAACCGAUUAGCAGGAAGUAAGCGCAGUAAUUCAGAUUCUGCAUUUACAGCGUCUUCUAAGGAUGGGAUUCCACAUAUGGCCCAUGACUCUCUUGAGAGCUUGCAUUUGAUGAAGAUGCUCAAGAAUGGAACCGGGGGAGAUCGUCAUAGAAGGUCCAAUGAUGAUGAGGCUUUCUAUGGUAUGCAGGCAAUGAGGCCAACUUCUGCGUCCCUCAUUCUGCAAUCUUCUACUGGCGGAAGGCUUGAUGCCAAUGUCUCCAAAUGGGAGAGACCAAUUCCCGUGGGAACAGCCAUACAGUAUCCUCCUCGUGCUGGUCAGUUUGUCCCUUUUGUGCAUCAAGUCUCAGCCAACAAAUUUAGGGAAAUGAAUGCUGGUACAUCAAUCAUCUCUCAAUCAGCUGCCGAUGAAGGAUCAAGAACUGGAAUUAAGGGCCCUGGAAUUUUGAGUUCUUUAAAUACUGGCAGUGGCAUUUCUGAGAAAAAUUCAUCAGGUGCGCUGCCAAGUGGCAGCAAGCUCAAGUCUGGGACUCAUGUUUCAGAUCCAGAAUCUUCAACUCCUUCAAGUCGUCAAGGUUUAACCUCUGCCAGUCGUCAGAUGACUAUUUUUUAUGGUGGUCAAGCUCAUGUUUUUGAUGAUGUCCACCCAAACAAGGCAGACGUUAUAAUGGCUUUAGCAGGAUCAAAUGGAGGAUCAUGGUCAACGACCUACUCACCGAAACCUACAAUGAGGCCCGGUGGUGAAAUCCACAUGACCAGCGGAGAAAAUGAAGCAGGUGAUGCGGCAUGCCAACGAGAAUUCCGUGCUAGACUAUCAGGCAUUACUAAUACUACUCAAGGAGUCGGCUCUGGCGAUCGAGUCUCUAUGCCUACAGGAGGUCAUCAUGGCAGCAUCAUGAUAGCUGACAAGACAAGAAACCCAGGUCAGGCAGGAGAAGCAAGUACUGAAGAUAAAAGGGAGGUUUAAGGCUCCAAGGGGGUAAAGGGGUUUUGGGGGUAUUUUCCUGUUUAGAGAGGACUAAGCUGAGCUAUCAGAUGUAGACAUGGCUAAGCUUCUAAUAUGAUUUUAGAUUAUGGUUAUCAGUUUUCUCAAGUAGAGUUGUUUCUUUCAUAAUUAGUUUACUAGCCAUUGGGCUUAGUAGCAGCCCGGCCGAUGGCAGCUUCGAUCCUCAUUAAAGAUUUCCCAAGUUCCAAGAGAAGUAUUUGCGCAUAUUAUAUGGCCUUAAUCUAUAUAAAGCAGUCUCAUAUUAUUUGCCUUCAA